AACAUCCCACUGCUGUGUUCUUCAGAACUUCCUCUUGGACCAUCUCCCAUGACAGCUAUGUGCAUCCUGCCAUGUAUUUCUCAAAACUCAUGUCCCAGUGCCACCUAUUCCAGAACAUGCCAUCAUCAUGAGUAGCUGGUACUUUGCUUGCUCUGGACUUCAUGGAAUAUAUCAAGAGCUUUUGAGGUGGGCCUUAUGCAAAAUAAGGAACUAUGACUUCCUGGAUUGCUCUCUCAAACAGGAAGCGCUCUCAAGCCACACCCCAGUGGGCCAAACCCUGAUUUGUUUCCUGAAUGCCAAGAGGGAUUAUUAACUUCUCCUCAAACACUCCCUGCACCUUGGUUGCCUGCAUAUCUUGGCAGACGCUGAGGAGUCAAUCUUCCUCUGCUGGAGCAGCUUCACCUCUUUUUCAUCCUGAGAGGAGGCUGAAAGGAGAAGACUCCCAGUCGCCAUGACCUCUGCCGUCACCAGCCGUGAGCACCCGGACCCCUCGCAGAGGGGUGAUGGCGAUGGCCGGAAGGAGGGUGGGCAGCCCAGGACUCCCGGCAGCAGCCACCUGGCCUAUGGCAUCCUGGACAUCCCACCGUGGUAUCUCUGCAUCUUCUUGGGGAUCCAGCACUUCCUCACAGCCCUGGGGGGGAUUGUGGCAGUGCCACUUAUACUGGCCAAGGACCUGUGUCUGCAGCAUGACCCUCUAACCCAGAGCUACCUCAUCAGCACCAUUUUCUUUGUUUCUGGUAUCUGCACUCUACUGCAAGUGCUUUUUGGAGUCAGGCUGCCCAUUCUUCAGGGAGGGACAUUUGCUUUUGUGGCACCCUCCCUGGCCAUGCUCUCCCUUCCUGCCUGGAAGUGCCCCGAGUGGACACUCAAUGCCAGCCAGGUGAACACCAGCUCUCCUGAAUUCACCGAGGAAUGGCAGAAGAGGAUCCGAGAGCUGCAGGGUGCUGUCAUGGUUGCUUCCUGUGUCCAGAUGCUUCUGGGCUUCUCAGGCCUCGUUGGAUUUCUCCUGCGCUUCAUUGGCCCCUUGACCGUUGCUCCCACCAUCUCCCUGGUGGCCCUGCCUCUCUUCGAGUCUGCGGGCAGUGAUGCUGGGAUUCACUGGGGGAUUGCUGCCCUGACCAUCUUCCUCAUCGUGCUGUUUUCUCAGUACCUGAAAAACAUCGCAGUGCCCGUGCCCGUGUAUGGAGGCCAGGAGAAGUGUCACACCUCUAGGUUCUACCUGUUCCAGGUUUUCCCUGUGCUGCUGGCUCUCUGCAUCUCGUGGCUCUUCUGCUUCGUGCUCACAGUCACUGAUGUCCUCCCCGCGGCCCCCACAGGCUACGGGCACCUGGCCCGCACCGACGCCAAAGGCAGUGUCCUGAGUCAGGCUCCUUGGUUUCGCUUCCCUUACCCAGGGCAGUGGGGCCGCCCCACCAUCAGCCUGGCCGGCGUCUUUGGGAUCAUUGCAGGGGUGAUCUCCUCCAUGGUGGAGUCGGUAGGCGAUUAUUAUGCCUGUGCCCGGCUGGUGGGGGCCCCGCCUCCCCCGAAGCACGCUGUCAACCGUGGCAUCGGCAUGGAGGGUCUUGGCUGCCUGCUGGCCGGCGCCUGGGGGACGGGGAAUGGCACCACCUCCUACAGCGAGAAUGUCGGGGCGCUGGGUAUCACCAGGGUGGGGAGCAGGAUGGUGAUUGUCGCCGCGGGCUGUGUGCUGCUCCUGAUGGGCAUUGGGAAGAUCGGGGCUGCAUUCGCUACCAUCCCCAGCCCCGUGAUCGGAGGCAUGCUCCUGGUCAUGUUCGGGGUCAUCACUGCCGUGGGGAUCUCCAAUCUUCAGUACGUGGACAUGAACUCAUCCAGGAACCUCUUCAUCUUCGGCUUCUCCAUUUACUGUGGGCUCGCCAUUCCCAACUGGGUGAACAAGAACAUUGAGAAGCUCCAGACAGGGAUUCUUCAACUGGACCAGGUCAUCCAGGUGCUGCUGACCACGGGCAUGUUUGUCGGUGGAUUUCUGGGCUUUCUACUGGACAACACCAUCCCUGGCAGUCUGGAGGAGAGAGGUCUCCGGGCGUGGCAUCACAUCCAGGAGGAGGCCGAGGAGACUGCGAAGGCCUGGGAGGUCUACCACCUUCCCUUUGGGAUUGGCACCAAGUUCUUCACUUCCUCCUGCCCCCGCUGCCUCCCCUUCUGGCCCAGGCUGGACCUUGGGGGGAAAGGUGAGGGGGCUGUGAGCCAACUCACCCUCUGCUCCCAGGAGUCAGGAGAGCCCCCGAAGGGUGCGACAGAGACCAGGAUGUGAAGAGAGCUCUCCAGGCACGCGUCCCAAAGCCCCCAAAUGGGCUGAUCUCCCCACUCACAGCAGUCGAAUAAGUGUUAGAUUAAGACUGUGACAAGCGCUCUCUGAGGUGGUCACUUAGUCACUGCGACCUUGGGCCGUGCUCCGGGCAAGACCAUCUCCUGUCUCCCGUAAAGCAUAUAACCCCGCAUUCACACAGUAGCUCUCCUGGUCCACGUGCUCCUGGUGGUACUUUGACAGCUUAGGAGGAAGAGGCCUGAGUGGGGCAGGGGACCGAGUCGAGCUGUUUGCUGAAAGGUGACAAGAACGGUUUUCUUGGUCCCCAAGCGGGAGGAAGCCCUCAGGGCUGGCUGUUCGGGCGGGAUGCGGGGCGCCCCUCGUUCCUUCAGGAGCUCAGGGAGCCGUGGCCGGUCUCGUCCACCUGAGCUGUUCCCGUUCAGAAAGUGAAGUGCAUCGAGACUGAAGCCUUUACAAAUCUGCUUUAUUGACUGUAAUUUUUCUCCCUGAGAAGCUCAGUCAACUCCCACUGGCAGUAAGGUUUCCCGGUCACCUUGUCACUUCCUCGCUACUAAAUAUACCAGCCAGAGUCAACAUUACUCCUGUUUUGCUGGAAAAGUGUCAUCCUUGUGUAUCACUUUAGUUGGUUAAAAGUCAUGAACUUUCUUUUUCACCAUUUCCUGGAGUUUUUAAACCAGUUUGGCUCUUUGAACAGAUUUUCAUUCCUAAUACAAACAUCUUGUGUUGAUUUUAAAA